AUGGAGCUGCGGUCGGAGCUGCCUAGCGUGCCCGCCGCGCCCCCCCCGGUGCCCCCCAGCUCGGUGGCGGCCGCGGCGGCCGCGGCGGCGGCCACGCUGCCGGUGAGCGUGGCCGGGAGCUUGCUGCGGGCACCGCCGCUGCUGCUGCGGGCGGCAGAGAAGUACCCGCGGACGCCCAAGUGCGCCCGUUGCCGCAACCACGGGGUGGUGUCGGCACUGAAGGGCCACAAGCGGUACUGCCGCUGGAAGGACUGCAUGUGCGCCAAGUGCACCCUGAUCGCCGAGCGCCAGCGCGUCAUGGCCGCUCAGGUGGCGCUGCGCCGGCAGCAGGCGCAGGAGGAGAACGAGGCCCGAGAGCUGCAGCUGCUCUACGGCACGGCCGAGGGGCUGGCGCUGGCGGCCGCCAACGGCAUCAUCCCGCCCCGGCCCGCGUACGAGGUGUUCGGCUCCGUCUGCGCCGGGGGCGGCGGCGAGGGAGGCGCCGGCGCCUCAGAGUCCAAGAUGCAGAAGUUCGAGCUGUUCCCCAAGACGCUGCUGCCGAGCCGCGCCGUCACCCCGCAACAGGCGGGCGGGAAGCCCCUCUCCCCGGACGGCGAGUCCGUGCCCGGCACCUCCUCCCCAGAUGCUCGCCACGGCUCGGGCUCGGAGAACGGGGACGGCGAGUCCUUCCUGAGCUCACCCGUCUCCAAGGGCCCGAAGGAGGGGGAGGAGAGCCCGGGCUCCAUCAGCCCGCUGGGCUCGGACUCGGGCUCCGAGGCGGACAAGGACGAGCAGGACCCGUCGCCCUCGGCCGGCGGCCGGCAGCGGACUCCCAUCGACAUCCUGACGCGCGUCUUCCCGGCGCACAAGCGCAGCGUGCUGGAGCUGGUGCUGCAGGGCUGCGGCGGGGACGUGGUACAGGCCAUCGAGCAGAUCCUCAACAACCGCGGCCCGGAGAAGGGCCCCGAGGAGGGCUGGGCCCGGGACGGCGCCUUGCAGGGCCUGCCGCCCACGCCCGCCGCCGCCGCCGCCCACCACCGGCCCUUGAUCGCCGGCGCCAUGGCCCCGGCCAUCGGCACGCUGGGCAGCCGCUCCGCCUUCUCCCCGCUGCAGCCCAACGCCACGCACUUCGGGGCCGAGGCCGGCGCCUACCCCCUGGGCACCCACCUGGGACUGAACCCCCUGCGCCUCGCCUACUCGGCGCACAGCCGGGGACUGGCCUUCAUGACCCCCUACUCCACGGCCGGGCUGAUGCCCACGCUGGGGUUCCGGCCGCCCGUGGACUACGCCUUCAGCGACCUGAUGCGGGACCGCUCCGCCGUGCACAAGGAGCAGGUGUACUCCGGCGGGCUCUACGGGCCCAUGGUCAACAACACCCCCGAGAAGCAAUAGCGGCUUCCUAAAGCUCGGCUGUGUAGAGGUAGCUAGGUAGGCGCGGGUGGACGGACACGGGUGGCUUCCUCUCCCCCCCGCGCAGGCGGUGGUUGCGUGCAGAGCCCGGCGCGGACAGGCGUAGGUGUAUUGAGGUGAUAAAGGUGCACUUUCAUUGUCCAGACAUGAGUCGCUCUUUGUUGCUUAUGGCCAUAAGCAUGGAUAUCCUCAGCGCGUUGUGGGGUGUGCACACACACGCGCGCUCUUUCCCACACACAUACAUAUAUAUAUAUAUGUAUACUAGCAAGUGUAUAAUGUUAUAAAAUGGAAAUCUAAGUUAUUAAUGUAACUCGUAGGUGAACUUGGUAUUAACGUUAAGCUAAAGGUUAGGCAGCGCAUUGUAAUACUUACCAGGCAUAUAGAUGAAACAUUGUCAAAUUGAAAACCUUUUCCUUCCCGCCCCCAGAAACGUUAUGGUCUGUAUAUAACAUUGGAAAGUAGAUAUAUUUGUAACUGUCCGUAGGACCCCGGCGCCAAUGGUGUAUGAUGGUUUAAUAAGCCUCCUUCAUUUGUGAUCUGCAAGAAAAUUGCUUUCUUGUUCCGAUGUAGCAAACUUCUUGCUGUUUCUAACAGGUAAUUCUGUGUUUCCAUUUCAUAGAAAUAAAUGUUAUUUUCUAUUAAAAAAAAAAAAAUCGGUCUUAUGAAUGGCAAGUGGUAUUUUAUGAGAUGAUGGAAGUGUGUUUUGGGAAAUGCAUUUGACAAGUACAGUCAAUAUUUA